AUGGCUUCCGCGCUCCGGCCCCUCCGCGCUCUCAGCCGCUCCGCGCUGGAGCCCCGCGCCCGCCGCCUGCAGCUCAGCGCCGCCCGGGGGGACGCCGUGGUGAUCUCGGGGAGGAAGCUGGCCCGGCAGAUCCGGCAGGAAGCGCGGCACGAGGUGGAGCAGUGGGUGGCUGCAGGCAACAGGAGGCCCCACCUGAGCGUGGUGCUGGUGGGGGAAAACCCGGCCAGCCACUCCUACGUCCUCAACAAAACCAAAGCAGCGGCUGAUGUGGGGAUCAGCAGCGAGACCAUCCUCAGGCCGGCCUCCAUCACCGAGGAGGAGCUGCUGGAACUCAUCGGAAAACUCAACAGCGAUGCGGCCGUGGACGGGCUGCUGGUGCAGCUUCCCCUGCCCGCGCACAUCGACGAGCGCAGGGUGUGCAACGCCGUCAGCCCGCAUAAGGACGUGGACGGGUUCCACGUGCUCAACGUGGGCCGCAUGUGCCUGGACCAGGACUCCAUGCUGCCUGCCACGCCCUGGGGCGUCUGGGAGAUCAUCCAGAGGACAGGGAUCCCCACGCUGGGCAGGAACGUGGUGGUGGCGGGCAGGUCCAAGAACGUGGGGAUGCCGAUUGCGAUGCUGCUCCACACCGACGGCAGCCACGAGCGCCCCGGAGGUGACGCCACGGUGACGAUCUCGCACCGCUACACGCCCAAGGAGCAGCUGAAGCAGCACACCAUCCGUGCUGACAUCGUGGUGGCAGCUGCAGGCAUCCCCAACCUGAUCACGGCCGACAUGAUCAAGGAGGGCGCGGCGGUGAUCGACGUGGGCAUCACCAGGGUGCAGGACCCCGUCACGGCCAAGCCCCGCCUGGUCGGGGACGUGGACUUUGAAGGGGUGAGGAAGAAGGCGAGUUACAUCACGCCAGUGCCCGGCGGCGUGGGGCCCAUGACAGUGGCCAUGCUGAUGAAGAACACCAUCAUCGCUGCCAAGAAACUGCUGAAACCCAAACAGCUCGAGGCUCUGCCUGCCUAGCCCAGGACUCUUGAGCCAGGCCUAGCUGGGGGCCCCUAGGAGCCAGGCCUAGCUAAGGGCCCCUCAGAGCUGGGCCUAGCCAAGGGCCCCUUGAGCUAGGCCUAGUGAGGCACCUGUGAGAGCUGGGCCUAGCCAGGGGUCCCUCAGAGCCAGAGCUAGCCAAGUGCCCCUCAGAGCUGGGCCUAACGAGGGGCCCUUGAGCUGGGCCUAACCAGGGCCUUUCUGGCCCAUGACAUUCCAGACUGACUCCCAAACAGGCCGAUAGAAAAUGCAAUAUUUUUUAUUUAUUGUCUCGCACGUGGGGCUUUUCCCCACUCGCAGGUCACAGGUAUUUAUUGGAAGUGUGGUUGAGCUGGGAUUAUCCAAACUCCUCUUGCUUUGUGUUUGAGCUGGGAUUAUUCACACUCCUGCUUUGUGUUUGAGCUGGGAUUAUCCACACUCCUGCUUUGUGUUUGAGCUGGGAUUAUCCACACUCCUGCUUUGUGUUUGAGCUGGGAUUAUCCACACUCCUGCUUUGUGUUUGAGCUGGGAUUAUCCAAACUCCUGCUUUAUGUUUGGGCAGGGAAUGUCCAAACUCCUCCUGUUUUGCAUUUGAGCUGGGAUUAUCCAAACUCCUGGUUUGUGAUUGGGAUGGGAUUAUCCAAACUCCUGCUACUUUGUGUUUGAGCUGGGAUUAUCCACGCUCCUGCUUUAUGUUUGGGCACUCCUCCUGUUUUGUGUUUGAGCUGGGAUUAUCCACACUCCUGGUUUGUGAUUGGGAUGGGAUUAUCCACACUCCUGGUUUGUGUUUGAGCUGGGAUUAUCCACACUCCUGUUUGUGUUUGAGCUGGGACUAUCCACGUUCCUGAGCCAGCCCAGCUCCUGCAGGAGCUGCUGGAGAUCCUGGCAAUCCCAGCAAUCCCAUGGGAUUCUCACCUCCAUGCUUCUGUUCUCCAAUUCCUGGCAUUCCCAGUUUCCUCCUCAGCGCUGUAUGUUUAGUUUAAGCUCUUCUGUAGAGGAAUUACUUGAAAAAAAAAUUCCAAUGAAAGCCAUAUUUGUGUCCUGGGCCUGCACAGGUCCUGGGCUGGUGUAACAUGUUCUGGAGUGCAGCUAGGCUGAGCUUUUUUGCUCUUUGGAUUGUGAAUUUUUUAAAGCCUUUUUUUUUUUUCCUAACCAAAGAACACCGGGGUGGGGGGUGGAGGUUUCCUGCACUGUGUUGUAAAGUGUGAGUGCUCAGUGAGUAGUGCAGGCUGGCUAAAUAAAGUGUGAGAAG